CGUCGGGCUAGUCGUGGCGCAUAGCGUGUCGGGGAGUCUCCGGGUUCAGGGCCGAGGCGAGAUGGCGGAGGCCGCGGCGCUGGUGUGGGUUCGCGGCCCCGGCUUCGGGUGCAGAGCGGUGCGCUGUGCCGCGGCGCGGUGCUCCGUCCGGGAGUUUCUCCGUCGGCACUGCCGCGAUCGGAAUGUUCCAGUGGAAUACUUCUUUGUGAAAUGCAAUGGAGCACUCAUUAACACCAGUGACACCGUGCAGGAUGGAGCUGUGUAUAGUUUGGAACCCAGACUUCUUGGUGGAAAAGGAGGUUUUGGGUCUAUGCUCCGAGCACUCGGUGCUCAGAUUGAGAAGACAACCAAUCGAGAAGCUUGCCGGGAUCUCAGCGGAAGGAGACUACGAGAUGUUAAUCAUGAAAAAGCAAUGGCUGAGUGGGUAAAACAGCAAGCAGAGCGCGAGGCUGAGAAGGAGCAGAAGCGGCUGGAGCGCCUGCAGCGGAAGCUGGCGGAGCCCAAGCACUGCUUCGCUAGCCCCGACUACCAGCAGCAGUGCCAUGAGAUGGCGGAGCGCCUGGAGGAUUCUGUCCUCAAAGGUAUGCAAGCUGCCUCCAGCAAGAUGGUGUCGGCAGAAGUUAGCGAGAGUCGGAAGCGGCCCCGGCCUCCCACAUCAAAAGCAGACCAAGGAGCCAGUGCGGGGAAAAGGCAGUGCUUAUGGUUGGGCAUGGAAGGACUGGGGACUGCAGAAGGGUCCAGUUCUGAGAGCUCAGAUGAUGAUGGUGAAGAAGCUCCUAGUACUUCAGAAAUGAGCUUCCAUGCUCCCAGAAGUGGCAGCUAUGGCGUCAAUGUGGCAGGCGAGUUUCCCAGCAGUUCUCAGAGGGCAGGAGCAGUGAGUAUGGAGUUUGGAUCACCAGAAAAACUACCAAUCCCAGUGACUGACUCUGGAAAGGAUAUUUCAGAAGACUCGUGUGCUGGGCUGGGAGAGACAUCUGCCAAGGAACAUAUGGAAAACAAGGUGGUUUUAGAAACAGCAGAGACCCAGGAGAGAAACAAGGCAGAGAGUGAAGAACCCACAGAAAAGGAAGCAGUUGGGGCCGGACUGAACAGGGAUAAAGGGACAAAAGCAAUGACUGAUGGGGAAAGAGCUGCCGAGGUAGCACCUGGAGAACACAGGGGGAAAGUUCCCAUUGCCGAACUGGAGGAAAGCCAGCCAGGAUGCACAGUUAUCGGCAAGGACACUAUCGAUUUAUUGGCAUUCGGCUCUGCCGCAGACCUGGAGCCGCUGGGUCUGGAGAGGCUCAAGUGUGAGCUGGUGGCCCUGGGGCUGAAGUGCGGCGGCACCCUGCAGGAGCGGGCGGCCCGGCUCUUCUCCGUGAGGGGCCUGGCAAAGGAACAGAUCGACCCUGCUCUGUUUGCCAAGCCUGUGAAAGGGAAGAAGAAAUGACUUUCAUCGGAGCUGAUUCCCUAUGUCUUUAGAGACUAGUAUUUAUAACCUGCGUAACGUGGACUCUUGCAUUCCGUUGAUAGUAAAAGCUAACUUUUUAACAACCUGAUUCUAACUAUCCCUUUUUUCAUUAUUACAUUUAUAGAAUUAAUGCGUGAAACCAUCUGGGCCUGAAGUUUUCUUUCUGGGAAGAAUUUUU